GUCACCGGCUGAAAAAGUAAAUAAACUUGAUGUUGAGUUCAGAAGAGGAGCUGAGUUGAGAGGAAGUCGGCGAGAGGCAACGCGAUCUGCGCAACGCUCCCAUGCGCUGUUACCUGGGCGGAAGGGAAAACUCUCGUUACUGGAACGGGCCUCGUUGCUUUGCCUUUGACAAGAUGCAGGUUGACAGAACGGAUCCUCACAGGAUGGAUGUUCCUUCUCGAUAUACUACCAAGUGAAGCAUAAAACAAGUCCAAGGCCAGGAACACCCCAUUUCGGUCAGGGAGAAAUCCAGACACCAAAGGUAAAGCGGAAGAGGAAGUUUUGUCACGUGCCGAGCAACUUCAAAAGGAGAGGAAGCAACCUUAUACAUGAAAUAAACAAGCUAAGAAAGUGGAAUAUUCUCAGCAGGAAGAGCUGCCCUCUCUGCUAAGUUGUCCCAGCAAGAAAGGAGGAGGGAAGGCAAACUGGGCAUUGGGCAACUUUGGACUUUGUUGGGGACUGGUCGGAGAGCAGCUGGAGCUGACAGCUGCCCCAAUGCUGGAUCACAGAACUAGGAUGGACAGCUCCAAGAAGGGGAAGAAGACACAACUGAAGCCAUCCAGAAUUCCCAAGACGAAUAAAGGCUGAGGCACUUGGAAAGUCCUUCUACAGUUUGCAUCAUUUUGUUAGUGUUGCUGAUCACUGGCCUUCCUUUUUUCUCUGCCGGGCAGAGUUGCUGGACCUAUUUCCUCCGCUGGUGAACCUUUAAUCUUUUCGGAUUGGAAACGUUGCCCUCAAUAUCAACAACGCUCAGCCUUGAGCUUAAGCAAACACACAACAAAAAAAAAGAGACAAGAGACUCGGGUCAGUCUUGUCAGCUUCAGACCAGGUGGCCGAGAGCAGACAGGCAGCAAACGGGUUUCCGCAGAGCAAGCCCAGAAUCAAUGGACAGUUUGGAGGGUUCGCGGUUGUCAAUGAUGAAGGAAGUGUUUGACAGCUUGCAACUGGUGGAGCAGAUCCUCUCAGAAUUCCGGCUACAAGAACAGGAUCUGAAGAAGGUGAUGCAUCGGAUGCAGAAGGAGAUGGACCGGGGCUUGAAGCUGGAGACACAUGAGGAAGCCUCUGUGAAGAUGCUGCCCACUUAUGUACGCUCUACCCCUGAGGGAUCAGAGGUGGGAGAUUUUCUGUCUUUGGAUCUCGGGGGCACCAAUUUCCGAGUCAUGCUGGUGAAAGUGGGUGAAGGUGAAGAAAAACAAUGGAAUGUGAAGACGAAGCACCAGAUGUAUUCCAUACCGGAAGAUGCCAUGACAGGAACAGCUGAAAUGCUCUUUGAUUACAUCUCAGAAUGCAUCUCGGACUUCCUAGACAAACAUCAGAUGAAACACAAAAAACUACCUCUGGGCUUCACGUUUUCAUUUCCUGUUCGACACGAAGACCUCGACAAGGGGAUCCUAUUGAACUGGACUAAAGGCUUCAAAGCGUCAGGAGCUGAAGGGAACAACGUCGUUGGGCUUUUGAGAGAUGCUAUCAAACGGCGAGGGGACUUUGAGAUGGACGUAGUCGCAAUGGUCAAUGACACAGUGGCAACGAUGAUAUCCUGCUACUAUGAAGAUCACCAAUGUGAAGUUGGCAUGAUAGUGGGCACAGGUUGCAAUGCUUGCUACAUGGAAGAGAUGCAGAAUGUAGAGCUUGUGGAAGGAGAUGUAGGUCGGAUGUGUGUAAACACCGAAUGGGGAGCCUUUGGAGCAUCAGGGGAGCUGGACGAGUUCCUCUUGGAGUAUGAUCGUGUGGUGGAUGAGACCUCACUUAACCCCGGUCAGCAGCUGUAUGAGAAGAUAAUAGGAGGAAAGUAUAUGGGAGAGAUCGUACGGCUAGUGCUGCUAAAACUUGUCAAUGAAAACUUGCUCUUCAAUGGAGAAGCGACAGAGAAGCUAAAAACCAGAGGAUCUUUUGAAACUCGCUUUAUCUCACAAAUUGAAAGUGACCCCGGUGACCGUAAGCAGAUUUACAACAUCUUGACAUCCUUUGGGCUGUUGCCCUCUGUAACAGACUGUGACAUUGUCCGUAUGGCGUGCGAGAGCGUCUCUACGAGGGCUGCGCAGAUGUGCUCAGCUGGGCUGGCCGGUGUCAUUAACCGCAUGAGAGACAGCAGGUGCGAGGACACGUUGAAGAUCACAGUGGGUGUCGAUGGCUCCGUCUACAAGCUCCACCCCAGCUUCAAAGAUCGGUUCCACGCAGCAGUCAGGCAACUUACACCGGACUGCGACAUCACCUUCCUGCAGUCGGAGGAAGGCAGUGGCAGGGGAGCGGCUCUCAUCUCGGCAGUCGCGUGUAAGAUGGCGUGCAUGAUUGGCCAAUGAAAUGCCACUGUGAAAGGACCGUGAAAGGGAUGCCACCCACCUGGGAAGUGCCCCCUCCACCCACUGCCAGGCUGAGGUGUUUCAGGGUGUGCCAAGGAAGCAGAACCAGAAGACGGAAGCUAUUCCUGGGGGGGGGGAAAGGGGGAGGGAAUGGAGUGGUGUCGGGUUCCUCCGAACCUCUGCCUCUACACAACACAAUAACCAUGCAAAAAUAGUCUCUCCUUUCUGUCCUUAAAACCUUCUCCACUCCUGCAAGCUCUGGGGAAGGUUUCAAAUUAUGCAAAUAAGCAGCUUCUCAUAGUAGGGGG